AUGCGGGGCCGCUUCAUCGUGCCCGUCGAACCCGCUGCGGGAGACGGCGAGGUCGUGGUAGUCGAGGUCCUGCAGGAGGGCUCCCAUCCGCUAGACGUGCGGCUCGUAGGCUGCGAAGGAGAGAGUCCAUAUGUCGCGAAAAUCUCUCAUCGCAAUAUCUCAAAAUUGAAGCACAAGUUCAAGGGUACAGCCGAGGAGUGGGAACAAGUCCUGUCUCAUUUCCUGUUAGAAAAACAGCCUGAAGGCGACGCGGCCAAACUGCUGGAGAACGUGCGAAUGGUGUACGCGCUCAAGGGCGAGAACAUCGAGAUUACCAUCCAACAGGACGUCAAGGGGAUCAAGGCAAGUCAUACGAGCACGGCUUCGGGGGUGACAUGUGCCCGGUUUCUAAUCCUAGCUAACGCGACCCAGGUGAAUCUGGGGGAGAUCCUGCUUCCCAAAGAUGACGAUUUCGAAUUCAAUCCGUUCGAAUGGGCGCAAGCCUCAGCGCAAGCACACAUCCGCACGUUGAAGGAGUUGGCAGAUUCGAAGACACAGGCACAUGGUGAACAAGACACCAUAGCAAAGCUGAAUGCGCAGCUCGAUGACUUCAUCAAGACCAAGAACGAGACGGAGACCGCCAUGUUGCAGCAAUUCAUGGAACUGUUGAACGAAAAGAAGAGAAAGAUCCGGGAUCAGAACCGCCUGCUCGCUAGCGUCAAGGUUGAUAAAGAUACUGCAACGACAGUGCAAGCCACUCGACAAGAGACGAAACCCCGAAAAGCGGCCCCAUCUCGGACAUCCAAACGGAAAGCCAAAGCCCCAGAGCCUGAACCUGAGCCCGAACUUGAGCCGGAGCAACUGUCAGCCGACGACCAGAUGGAGAUAAACCAGGCCAAAGCAGAAGAGCAAGACGACGUAUCUGAUGACGGUGGAGCAGCUACCCCAGACCGUGCAUCAGAGACCGAAACCGAGGACGACGGCGAAGGUGGCUUCAUCAGCAAAGCUCCAGCACCGUCAGCACGCGCUACGCGAGGGAAGUCAGCUCAAGCAGCUCGCUCUUCAUCAGCGAAGGCCCAGUCUGCGAAGAGUACUCCUGCACCAGAUGAAGAUGCUGGACCGCCGCCUCCGCGACGCGAGUUGCCGUUUGGAAGACCAGUGACAAGGAACAAACCGGCAGCGAAGCAACCUCCAGCUGCAGCCGAUGAAGAUAGUGAGACCGACGAUGAAGAACUAUGA